GAUAAGGGAGAAAGGAAAACAGAGGAAGCCGGAGCACAACUGAAGUGCAGAGCAGCUGUGUUUGUCUCCCGAUACUCUUGACACUUUGGGGUGCCUCAUUCAAGGAGAUCAUGGAUUCUUAUACUGAAAUUUUCUUCAGACUGUUGUUUCUGGUCCCUCUCCAUCCUUGGAAUAUAUUAGCAGCCGGAGAGAUCUAUAAUUGUGAUGAUCAGCUAGUGUCAGCCUUGUCCCAGUCAUCAUUCAGCAGCUCAUCAGAACUGUCCAGUAGUCACAGUCCAGGAUUUGCAAGGCUUAAUCGAAGAGACGGCGCUGGUGGUUGGACUCCACUUAUAUCAAAUAAGUACCAAUGGCUCCAGAUCGAUCUUGGUGAAAGGACUGAAAUUACUGCUGUUGCUACACAAGGUGGAUAUGGGAGUUCAAACUGGGUAACCAGUUACCUCCUAAUGUUUAGUGAUAGUGGAAGGAACUGGAAGCCGUAUCGUCAGGAGGAAAGCAUUUGGGAACCUUCCGAUUACUUCCCACAUUGA